AUGGGUGACUCUGGAGCGAAGGCGGUCGUCUGGCCGACCGGGCAGAUUGACCGGAAAAAGAGAAUGGCGGAGGCGAGAUCCCCUAGAGUUUCUAAGUACGGCGAGAAUGCAACUCUAUCUUUCUACGAUGCAUUGGAUAAGUACCCAGUCGAACGGAAAUCGGUGCUAGUGAUAGGGAGUCAAACCCCUUGGCUUGAGGGAAUUCUCUUGGCGUAUAAAGCUGGAUCGAUCACGACUGUUGAUUUCAACAGACCCGCUGCAGACUAUCCCGGACUGAGGCUGUGGAAUAUUGCUGAGCUGGACGCCUCAGAUGAGUCCUUUGACGUGGUAGCUUCGUAUUCGUCGCUGGAGCACGAUGGGCUGGGGAGAUAUGGCGAUCCGCUAAACCCGGAUGGAGAUCGGCUGAGAAUGAUGAAGUCCUUUACCCCUCCAAGGCAUCUCUCACAUCCUACUGCUUCCUCUUUAGCUGCCACGUCCCUCUGUCCCAUUGCUGCUGCGCAGAUCAGGGGCCUACUAAAGCCAGGAGGGCUCUUCUUCCUGGGGGUGCCAGUGGGGAACGACACGCUGGUGUUCAAUGCACAUCGGGUGUACGGUCCCAUCCGCAUGCCGCUGCUGCUCAAUGGUUGGAAGCUGCUGGAUGUGUUUGGGGUGUCCAGUCUCGAAGCAGCUUAUAGGGAGAACCUGAAUGCAACAAUCUUACAGCCGGUCAUGGUGUUGAGGUAG